UAUGUGGGAGAGAUAAAGGCAGGUGGUAUAUAAGAGGAAGCUUGUGGGACCCUCGCCCUCACUGAGCCGAGGACGAUAAAGAGGAGCAGGAUGAAGGGAAUGCGUCUUAGUUUGCCCUUACUGUUUCUGGCCCUCGUGGGUUUAGGCAACGCAGAGUCAGACGUCAGCCAGUUUGCCAGGGACUACGCCCCCUACCUGCGUUUUGACUCCAAGGAAGGUGAGGGCAACCUGUGCUUCCCUCACAACGCCCAGGAGUUUUUCGAGGCGCGCAAAUCCGGAGACUGGUCCAGGAAGUGCAACAGGGACUAUGACUCGGUGGCGGGAGGCAGCAUCCCCACCUACUGGCACGCCAUGACCUGUGGCUACCACCUCCACAUUGCAUACUGGAACUUCUAUGGGUACAACGAGGACUGUGACUGCUGCUCAGGGGAGAGAGAUGCUUGGUGGGAGUUCAUUGUGGUUAAGAUCCGUGACUGGACGCUGAGCCCGCACAUGCAUGAGGUGAUGUUUGGCCAGAAGAAUGGUUGGUACACUCGCAUCCCUGGCCACUAUGAGGCCUUCAACACAACUCACCCAGUGGCAUACAUCGGCAAGAGCAACCAUGGCACCUACCAUGACGAUGGAGGCACCGGCACCUGCUGCUACUAUGAGGACUUCAGGAACCCAGGAAGCCCUAACAAGCACAUGGUGACCUGGGACAACCUGAUAGAGCUGAAGCAAGAGGAUGGGGAAGGCUGGAUGGCAGACUCCAACAUUGACUGGUGGCACGGACUCAAGUCACCAAUCUUCAGGGACGACUGGGACCUGUGUGGCCUGGUGGGCUGCACUGGCUCUUCUCUGCAGGUGUGUGGGACGUGCGGCUGCCACAAGAGUGACAUUGGAGAUGAUCCCUUCUGAUCCACUCCUGCACAUUUUCAUUCCCUUAUAAUAAAGUGAAGUUCCUCUU